GGAACUGUGGUCUAGGGAGGGUUCAGAUUAAUCCGAUCAGUUGUUGUACGGUCGUACGCCGGAUUAGGUCGCACAGACGAAAAGCCUUCAAGAUGAGUGACGGUAACAUUUCGAAGAUUGGAAAGUUCUACCAAGGAUCCACAGUUUUGAUUACUGGGGCUUCUGGAUUUCUUGGUCAGGUUCUGCUGGAGAAGAUUCUGCGGUCGUUGAAUGUCGCGAAGGUAUACGUUAUGAUCAGGGCUAAGCGGAAUUCAAGUGCCGAUGAACGACUGCAGAGAAUGCUGGAUGGGGUAUUGUUCGAUCGAGUUUGGCAAGAUCCUUCUAAAUACAAGGAGUUGAGAAGCAAAGUGAUACCGGUUGAGAUUGAUUUGGAUUGUGAGAGUAAUAUGAUUGCGGAAGAAAUGAAAAUGCGACUGCAGAAAGAAGUCGAUGUAGUGUUUAAUCUGUUGGCAUCGAUUAACUUCAACGAGCCCCUGGAUUGUGCGCUGAGGACGAAUGUGGAAUAUACUGAUCGUUUACUGGGGCUUGUGAGCCAAAUGAAGCGGCUGAAGGUGGUAGUACAUGUGUCUACUUUCUUUUCGAACUGUGACAAGAGUAUGAUUGAAGAACGAAUCUACGACGAUAUCGGCUUUGGAGGGUACGCCAACAUCAUGAACAUUGUGUCCAAUUUGGAUGACGCAGAAAUACAGGCUAUGGAGCCACAUUUGAUCGGCGAUUUUCCGAAUACCUAUACCUUCAGCAAGAAGUGUGCGGAGGUGAUGGUGCGGGACAAGUAUGGAGCUUUGCCGAUCGGAAUUUUUCGACCGCCGAUUGUGAGUUCAACGUACCAGGAACCCGUCGCCGGGUGGAUCAACAACUUCAACGGCCCAUCCGGACUGGUGGUUAUGCUAUCGGAAGGUCUCUACAGUGCCGCUUUCGUGGAUACCCGCAAGCGUCCCUUCCUGGUACCCGUGGAUUACUGUGUCAACGCUCUGCUCAUCUGUGCAGUUGACAUCGUGAAACAGCGUUCUCUAGCUUCGAACAUUCCCGUCUACAAUUAUACUAACCCUGGUGAUAUUUUUACCUGGGAACAGAUCGUCGCUCGGUUCUACGAAGGGUUGGACCCGGUGAAACGGAUGUUGGCCUACCUUCUAACGGCAACCGUCACUCGCAGCCCGGUGCGAUACGCCAUGUGUAAAACGAUCAUGCGUGUGGAGGGCUUCUUCCUGGAUGUAAUGCGACAGCUUCGUGGUCAAGCUCCCGCCAUGUCCCAGGUUUUCGAACGGAUGAUCAAUCAGAGCGAGGUGCUCAAAUUUUUCACCUUCCACGAAUGGACCAUGCGGAACGAGAAUGUCCAGCGGCUUUGGGGGGAGGAAGUCAGUCAGGAGGAUGCUGAACUGUUUCCGUUCGAUUUGACCAAGAUGGAUUGGGACGAUUACUAUAGGAACUUUAUACCGGGCGUGGUCAGGUACGCGAUCGCUCCCAGGAAGGAGAAGGACGAGAAAACGAAGGCGGUGGCGGGAAAUGGAGAAGUGAGAAAGUAUUCGCUGUAUAGUAUUUGGAGUUUUCUGUUCCAUAGUUUGCUGAGCUUGUUGAAAAAUUUUACUGGGCGUUAGGGUUAAACAAAGGGAAUAAGGUGGAUUGUGGAGAUAUUUGAAUAUCAAUAAAAUCGAUCUUUAAUAAAGUUGGCACUGGCUAUAUCAAAGUUA